GUGGAUCCAUCAUUACGAUGUCUCCUUAGACAGCAGCUUCACACAGACCUUCGUGGUAGCGGCUGCCGAGGAAUCCAAUACCACGAUGCUGUCUAUCGGAGGCAAUGUAUCUGCCAGUAACAGCUCUGCUUCAGCGACGGUUGCACUACUCGGGGAGCUGCCGCACUUGGCAACGGUGCGAAAGCAGGGUCUCCAGCAGAAGCAAGCUCGCUACGACAUCGCCUUCGUGCCCAUCACAACCCUCCCCAGCCAGGUCAAGAUUGCCGGGCCUGGCUUCGAACGCCACCUGCCCUGGUCAGAGGUUGCAGGCUCGGUGAUCAGCCUGCCGGAGUCGCUGCGGAAAGCGGAUAGCAUCUCCCUGGAGGUUAUCCUGACGGACUACGAGCUGUCGGUGCCCCAACCAUGCCACUGGGCUGGCGCGUCCACCGGGAUCUUCACAGCCUUCUGCAAGGAGCAUGCGUGCAACGAGCACUGCUGCAAGGCCAUCUGCGGUCAUCGGCCCAGCUGCCUGGCCGCCAGCCUCGGGCCCAGCGGCUGCUUUGAGGCGCGCCAUGCGGCUGAGGCCCUGCAGGCCAUGCGAGGGGGCCACGUGCCACCGGUCAACGAGCGGCAGUGGCUGCGGCGAAAGGUUGGAGGAAAGGUCUGUCGCUUGGCGGGUGCUGAAGACUGCGUAGAGGCCACGGCGGGCGAGGACCACACGCUGCGUUUUGCGAAGCUGCAGCCGGACUGGCUGGAACGUCACGCGGAACUCAAACUUUCCUUGGCGCUGGCCAAAGGAUCUCAGCAGCUCCCCAGCAAUUCCGAGGCUUUGCAGCUCAAGCUGGGCCCACCUGACAUUUUGGAUGUUCUUGUCAACCUGACUGGCAUCACCCAUGACGGCACAAUUCGUCAUUUCCAGGCUGCUUCUGUCGUAGAGGGCCAAAACAUUGUGGUGACCCUGAUGCGGUACCCACCCUACGAGCUCGCUGAACUCCACCUUUACCUGGUCAUCCUCUUCCCGGACCCUGACUACACGGCCGGGUGGGCGUCCAGCACAGCAAGCCUUGCAAACGUUUCCGAAAUUUCCUUCCAGAGGUGCGAAGAGAGCAGGCUGUUCAAGCACAGGUACCACGUCUGCCAGGCAGGCGAACACGGGUGGAGAACCACAACAGCUAAAAUCAGCUUGGAUCCCUGGGGCCCCACUGAAACCAUCGUUCUGUUCGACGUCCACAGCAGAGCAAACAGCGGGACCCGCGAGCAUGAGCAUAAUGACGGUGUAGGCUCGCGGCGCGCUGUCCAAGUGAGGCUGGAUCAGGUGACGAGUGUGGGAGUCUGGUCUGCCGUUGAGGGUUUUGACUUGCGUUGCCAUAACGGGGGUGGGGUUUCCCUACCUUUUUGGGGGUUCUUAUAA